GUUUGAGAAAAAACCAGAUGAUAGAUGCGAUUUUACGCAUGAAUAGGGGCCUUUUGGUUUUUACGCACGGCGAACCAUUAACGCAUAUUUGGCACAGUUGAGUUUUAACACGUUUUUGAACAUUGCGCGUUUGACCAUGACUCUCUCUAAUGAAUUUGAAGCUUCACAACACGCUGCUUUGCCUCUAGAAGAUGAUGAGAUUGACAUAGUGGGCGAGGAUGAGCCUACCCACGGGCGUAUAUAUCGAAAUAAGUGCUCCACGGACCCCGGGUCCUCGGCAGAAUCUGGUGCUGAAUUUGACUCUUCGGAGCCAGACUCCUCAGGGGAAAGCGAGAACAGUUUCUGCGCAGACGCACCGCCGUCCAGGAAAGCCCAGAGCAGCUCGGUAAAGCCUCCCUACUCCUACAUCGCCCUCAUCACCAUGGCCAUCCUGCAGAGUCCGGUGAAGAAGUUGACGCUGAGUGGCAUUUGUGAUUUCAUCAGCAACAAGUUUCCCUACUACAGAGACAAGUUCCCCGCUUGGCAGAACUCCAUCAGGCACAACCUCUCCCUCAACGACUGUUUCAUCAAGAUUCCGAGGGAGCCCGGAAACCCGGGCAAAGGUAACUACUGGUCUCUGGACCCUGCCUCAGAGGACAUGUUCGACAACGGAAGCUUCCUUCGGCGAAGGAAGCGCUUCAAGAGAAAUCAGCCCGAGUUUGGCAAAGAUGGACUUAUGUUUUAUUCCAACUUGAACUGCUACCGGUCCUACGGGCAACCGUAUUGCGUACAGGGCCAGACAAGCCCCCCGCCCGCUGCUCCUAUUCGGUACAUGCCUCUACAGGAGGGCAUCAUGAUGCCUCCCUCUUCCUAUCACCUUCUACAACAAACUUUGAACAGUCACGGGAAGUGCAGCGGGCCUGAAGACUUUAGAGACCCCGCUGAGCCAAAGCCUGGCCCUCAGGCAAAGUGCUCCUUCAGCAUUGACAGCAUCAUGAGCAAACCCUCUCCCAUCAGUGCACAGAACCCAAAUAUACAGCAGAGCCCUCGCAGCGCUCUUGGGUACGGUCAUAUCAUGUCGGGUCCUGCUGCCUGUUUGGUUCCGACGAUCUUGCAGUCUCUCAGGACUCCAUUCUGCCCCCCUGCCAUGCUGAGCACCGCUCCUUUAAGAAACGAGCACCUCAGACUCUCUUACCAUCACUGCUGAAGCCUUUACAGUGUCUGUGUGUUUGAUGCUAUUUGAAGACACGUUGGUGUAGCUCGUUUCUUAAAGAAAUGUUUUAAUUGCAUGAUAUUUAUGUGCGUUGACAUUCAAAGUUAUGUCUUAAAAGAAAUCAUUGUAAAUAAGAUAAGUGGUAAUAUAUUUGUGAGACUUGCUGCAGUGGAAACCCUAUUGUGUGUUUUUGUUAUUAAUUAACGUGUCAAAAUAAAUAUUUGA